CUCUGUGUUUGAGGAGAAUGUCAGGGAGCAGCCAGCCACAGGACCUGGUGCUCAUUAAAGAACUAGAGCUUAUCUUGGAUUCCUGCACACUGGAGCUCACACCAGUGGAUGAAGUCUGGCCCAACCUAUACAUAGGAAACGUGGCCGUGGCACAGAAUAGAAAGACAUUACAUAAGCUUGGCGUCACACAUGUCCUGAAUGCAGCACACUCCAAGCAGGGCAGCAUUGGUGACCAGAGUUUUUAUGGGAACACCUGUGUCUACUUCGGCAUCCCAGCAGAAGAUUCAGAGCGCUUUGACCUCAGUCAGUACGUCAAACCUGCAGCUGACUUCAUACAUAAAGCCCUGAAGAACAAAGAUGGCAAAGUGCUGGUGCACUGCAUCAUGGGUGUGAGUCGAUCGGCCACUUUGGUCCUGGCUUAUCUGAUGCUGCGUCAGCGUCUUCCUCUGAGAGAUGCUCUGAGACAUGUUGCCCAAAAACGAGCCAUUUAUCCCAACAGGAACUUCCUGUCACUCCUCCUCAAGCUGGAUGAACAGCUGACACUCAGACGGAGGUUGUGUUCUCUUCUCUGACAACCCUCCACCUCUUUUUUCACCCCCCCCCCCCCAAACUCCUUCGUCACAUUAGCCAUUCGUCACCUCAAGACCUCUCUCUCUAUUUCCACGUGUCACACUCCACUCUCAUCAGUAUAUAUUUAAAGAGUCAGAAUGAGUAUGAUGUAGCUAGAGGUGUGAGUUUGAUGGUGACCAUUUAAAUUCCAUCGUUUUUUAUUAGGUUGUCUACUUUUUAUGUACAAGUUUACCUUCUGCAAUGGUCAUGUGUUGUGAAAUAUUGUAAAUAUCAAAGUUUCUCUGCGGUUUUUCAUAUUCAAAAUGUAUUCAAAUGCUACCUGUUGGUGGUGUCAGGCGUGUCCACAGGCUCUGUAAAUACAGCUUUAUGACUUGUUGUGAAUAUACAAUAAAGAUGUUUUAUUGUAUUUAAUGGAAGUAUCCUGACUGGAUGGAUAUAAAAUGAGUGUUAUGAAGUAAAUAUUAAAGACAAAAAUAUGUUUAAAAUAUGUUUUAAACUAUUAUCAAUACACCUUUUGACCAAACAGAGCAAUAAGAUGUCUUGUCAUUCUUUAAUAAUUCUUUUAACCAAAGAGUUUAUUUAAGACGUGUCUUGUCUGAUCAAAAACACUUAUCCAUGUACUGUAUAUUCAAAGCCAUAAUUUCUUCCUG